UGUUUUAAAUUUACUUCUCCGUUUGACUUUUUGCUUUUAAAGAAACAUUUCAAGCAGGCGUUUACGACAGACACACAUAAACAAUACGUCACCGUAAUCAACUGUCGAGGUGAAGUGCGCCAUUUUGGCUCAAACAAAGUCAGAAACAUUUUAUCCACGAUAAAUUAUUUUAAAUUUUAUCUAUGAAAUACCGUGUAAAAGUGUGCUGGACGGGACUCCGGUUUCCACGAGUUAACGUUUAAUGCUACUGUAACUUUUUCUUGUCUUUACAUCGCGUAUGUAGUUAGCUAAAAGUAAUGACUAAAAUUCCCAGCUGAGCUUUAGUGGCAGUCAAGCUAUCCUGACGUUUGCUAAAUUUAGCUUUACUGUUUGUUUGAACCUCCGCAAUGGGGGGCUGCUCCGCGCCAAACUGCUCCAAUUCAACCAGCAUAGGGAAACAGCUCUUCAGGUUCCCCAAAGACCCUGUUCGUAAGAAGAAAUGGGUGGUGAACUGUCGCCGUGACUUCGAGCCAACUCCUCACUCCAGACUCUGUCAGGACCAUUUUGAGCAGAGCCAGUUUGAGGAGAUAGCGAGGUCUCCAGCUGGGGGAAAGAAGCUGAAGCCCAAUGCCAUCCCCACUCUGUUCAGUAUUGGAGACCCUCCUUACCCUGCAGUCACUAUUCCAUACAUCUUGCUGCCCAUGAAACCUGAACCAGUGGAGAAGGAGCUGAAUUUCGGGGACCAUGGCUAUGCCAGACGGACUCCACUGCCUGGCCUCGAGGAGGAGGAUGCAGACAGGACCGCUGAGGACCAGCAGCCUUGUACACAGUGUCAUCUCCUCAAGAAACAGCUGGAGCAGGAGAUGCAGCACACGGCAAGGCUUCAGAAGGAGGCAGAGGAGAUGAAGAAGCGUCUGUAUCGGCUGGACCGGAUCGAGAAGGGUCUCCAGAACUUUUUGUACGAGGACCAGAUUCGUGCCCUGUCCCUCACCAAGCGCUCCAGACGUGCCGUCUGGUCUCCAGAGACCAUCAUGAAAGCACGAAAAAUCCGCUGUGCAGUUGGCACAAAAGGCUAUGAGUACUUACGGGAGCUGGGAUACCCUUUGCCUUCCUACAGGACUCUGUGUAACCGCCUGGAAACUAAAAUCAUGGUAACGACUGACAUGAGCUGUGAGGAGCUGGCAGAGCUGGGCCUGGGGCUCAUGGCCACCUGUGACAGUCCCACAGAAGGUGUUGUGGACAAUGAUGAGGAGGAACUGAUUGGUGUUUUAUCCUGAUUAUAGCGUUUUGCGUGACUUUAAGACUCUAACCAAGGCAGGAAUGUGCAGAAUUUGCUGGCGGAACAUGAGCACACUAUGUGUCCUAUAUUUCAUCUACGAAAGACUUAAGCAUUAAUAUGAAUGUAUGCAUCGCUUGACAGAUUGUGAGUUGACUCAUUUGAGUUGUGCUUGUGAUCUACAACAUGAAGACACGGCUUUGCUCAACUGAUGUGAAAUGCUGGGGCUUGCAGUUAGCCUAGGGUAAUGCUUAUGGUGUUUCUUACCACAAAGAUGCUGAGCUCCGGUCUGUGCUGCAACAUGAGGAGAUGUAAUCUGUGACUAAGAAGACUGCAAUGGAGUGUGGAAAGUGAAAACACAAUUUUCACAAAGGUUGUUGACUUUGCUGCUUGUGUGUACAACUAAUUUAACGUGUUUCACUGACGGUGUUUACAUGCACAACACCCUAAUAAUGUUCAGGAUACUCCGAUGUACUGGGAGCAGAUAAACCUAUAUCCUGGGUUAGGUAGCCUGAGUAUUCCGAUAUUAUGAGGCAUAUGGCAUGUAAAUAUUUGACACUAUAAACAGGUCCUGUACAUUAUGCAAGCUUUAUUUUUUGUUAUAAUUCACCCAAAGUAUUUAUCAUCUGGUGGUGUGUGUGUAAAGCAAUAGUGCAGAAGUGGGAUACAAGUGAGUGUCUAGGAGAGUGUUUGCAUUUAUAAUCAAUGGGGUCUAGUCUCUACAAGUCAUCCAAAUGCUGUCAACAACAUUUGAGUUGAUAUCCUACCCUGUCACCUAUAUUGAUCAUAUCGCCAAAUUGAAAUCUUUGCUGUUUUUCAAUGACAAAUUAUAGAAUGUGUCAGGGAGCACACCCUUAGAGCUGUGUACAGUCAACAAGGAAUUAUAAGUAAACCCCCCCCUUGGUAAAACAAAAAAACUAUCAGUAGUUUGAUUCAACACUAGAGAGAGUGUAAAUUUCUGGCUUGAAGUGUUGCAGUGCAGUUGUAGUUACCCACAAAGGGUACAAAAAAAAGCUCAGGCGAGUCACAGUUAGUCACGUAACAUUCAAUAUCCAAAACCACACUGGGACUGUGAGUAAAUAAAGUGACUGUAAAGAAUUAUCUGUAUUUUUCAUUGCAUAUCAGUAACAGAUAAACUGUAUUGUUGCCAUCACCACACUGGUUACAUUAUAACUGACAUGAAAGCUCAUGGAAAAAUAACUAACCACAAGUCUCCUUAAAUACCACUGAAGUAACUAAAUACUCACACUGGCCUAUCAGGUGAUGUAUGUAUCUUCUUUCCAGGUUAUCUUUACCCUCAUUAAAACAAAGAAUGACACUUUACUUUGGCUCACAUUAGACUUUGACCAAAUAACUCACAUGGGAGAUUAGAUAUUUGUUUUGCAGUGGACUCGUUACCUGAGCUGAACUGCAAAAUGAGGUCUAGUAACGUUUAGGUUGCAACAUUCAUACGGCAGGUUAUAAUUGUUGCAUAGAGAGUUGUGAAGACUGACAAGUGCAGCUUUACAGUGCAUGUCUAUACAGUAAAGUUUACAUCAGCCUUUUUGACCGACAAUACAUCUCUCCUCUGUGAGUAUGUCACUCUGACUAUGGCGUGCUAUUUGUUGAUUGAUUUUGACCCUUUGCCUCUUACAAAAGUGCAACCAUGGUUUAGUUUGGCACAUGUGGCAUUCACCUCUACACAGUUUGAAGCAUGAGUCAUGCAUAGUAAAGUAAAUAUGCUCAGUAAUUAGAUCAAUAUCAUGUACAAGAAGUUCUUUUGAUGGUAAAUAAGAGUCUACAGUCACGCUUGGGGCUCUGUAGGGAUGCAGGUGCUUUGAACUAAACAGAAAAUGAGCGUGACCUACUAAUGACAAUGCUACCGUGCUGAUGUGUAAUGGGUAUUUUUACAUUUUAGUUUUGCAUGUCAGCAUGCUAACAUUUGCCAGUUAACACAGUAAGUACAGUCGAGGUGGAUGGGCGUAUCAUUAGUGCAGAUAUUUCUCAUAAACUAAACAGUAGGCCAACUAAAAUUUGGACCUGAUGGUGCUAGAUGAAAAGUCAGAGGCUCAU